UGGGAACAAGGCAAAAUUUUCACAAAAAGCAUAAAAUAUACACGAAUUUCUGAAAGAUUAAGUAGUUUCCGAGGCAGAGAAUAUGGUGUCGAUAUUUUCAAAGACGACAACCUGCUUGUCAGAUGAAUUUAUUGGAAAAUUAUCGGCAGAUUUACUGGAAUUAACAGUUGAAAAUUUGAAGAAUAUUCCAGGGGUUCAGUGUGAAAAGCAAGAUGAUUCCGUUUACCUCAAGGGACAAUGGCACGACCUAGUUACGGCCUAUAUAUCUUUAGAGCAAUGUCUGUUUGAUAAGGAUAGUGGAGAAAGUGAUAAAGAAGAUGUUAAAGAGUCUGUUGAUGCAAUUGAAAAUUCAAAGCCCCAUCCAGUGUCCUCAAAUGAAUCAGACAGAGAUGUAUCUCCAGAUAUUGAUUAUAACUUUGUAACGGUUAAACAAGAGAAGGAUGCAGGUGAUUGGCUAACAACAUUAAAUCAGAGUAGUGAGAGUACUGGUGUUCUUGACCAAGACACUGAUACAGAUGACAAAAAUGAAAUAAAACGAAAGUUAAGAUCAGGGGAAAAAACAAUAAAAAGGUUCAAAAGUUCACCAGGUAGCCCUAGCAAUAGUAAAGGCAGCUUUAAAUGUAAUAAAUGUGACUAUGUUGGUAAAAAAGAGAAACAGUUGCAAAGUCAUAUAGCAAGGAAACACCAGCGACCAUUCAAAUGUGACGUUUGUGGGAAGAAAUAUGGUUACAAAACAGAUCUUGACCGUCAUAAAAUAGAAGUUCAUAGCAAAACUGCCAAUUAUUACUGUAACAUCUGUGACAAAUACUUAAAGACAAAAGCAUACAUUGACGACCAUAUGUCUAUGCAUGCUGAUAACUAUGUGUAUAAUUGCAAAACAUGUGACAAGUCCUUCAGUACUAAGCAGGUAUUUGGAAAGCAUAUGAAGCAAAAACAUCCAUCUAUACUUUUCGAAGUAGAAGACCUUGAUGAUGUUUUGCCUAGUGAUGACACAAAGUCAAACUUAGAGAAAAGUUUAGAAGAUGAGGCAUCUAACGAUGGUACAAACACUGAAAAUGGUGAUGACAAAAGUGCAGAAAAAAGUAUUGAAGAAUCCAUAGAUCAAAGUUUUGAUUCUGACUAUUUGUUCUUUCCUGAAGAGAAAGAAAAAAUUGUUCAUGAAAAUAAUCUGGUCAAGGUUACUUUGAAGAGAGGAAAGAACCGUGGAAGACCAAGAAUUAAGUCCUAUGUGGAUGGAAGAACAGAAUUUCCGUGCAGCCUGUGCAACUAUAUUGGAAAAAAAGAAUCGCAUUUAGAAUAUCAUAUCAUCCGCAAUCACAGCCAGAAAUUCAUUUGUGACAUUUGUCAGAAACAGUUUGGCUACAACUGGGAUCUGAAACGUCAUAGAGAACAAGUCCAUGCUGAAGCUUCAUAUAUUUGCCAUAUAUGCAGCAAGGCUUAUAAAGUUAAGAAAAGUUUUGAUGAACAUCUAAAAUCUCAUGAAGCUGGUUAUGUGAAAUCAGUGUAUCCCUGUCCACAGUGUGAAAAGUCAUUUUCUGCAAAGCAAGUAUUAGAAAAUCAUAUAAAGAUCAAACAUUUAGGCAUGAAGCAAAAAGAGAAACAGAAAUAUCUAUGCCAGACAUGUGGAGCUGAAUUUUACCACAAAUAUAGCUACCAGAGUCAUAUGAAUAAACACGCUGGUCUCAUGCCAUACAAUUGUGACAUUUGUGGUAAGGCAUUUGCCAGUGAACAUUCAGUGAAAGAGCACCAGAUAACUCACAGAGAUACGCGAGAAUUCCACUGUCAUAUUUGUCCAAAGUCAUUCAAGACAUCUUCAGCGCUUAAUGCUCAUGUCGCAAUACACGAUGACAAGCGGGAUUACAAAUGUUCUGUAUGUGGUAAAGGCUUUAUACAGAAGCAGUCGUUAAUAAGACAUGAACGUAUACACAGUGGCUACAAACCAUUCUCUUGUGCUCUCUGUUCACGAGUUUUCACUGACAGUGCAACUAUCCGUAAACACAUGAUUCUCGUGCAUAAAAGUGAUCCACAUGAUUGGCAGGGAGAUGUUAUCUCUGAUCUUAAAAAACAGGGUGAUAUGUGGCAGGGUGAUCUAACCUCUGAACCUAAAAAAGAACCAGACUUCCGGAGGAAGGCAGACAGAGAGAGGCAUUUUCAGUUAGAGCAGGCAUCAGAUGGAAAUUCCGCGGCAGAACAGGCAAUGGAAAGACAAAACUGUGAGACAGGAAGACAAGAACCUAGUCAAAAUAGUGAUGGUCACUUUUCACGCGAAGAUAGUUACACUGAAGUGAACCAGUGUAGCUACAAUGAAAUGAGCCAAGAGAGCUCAAAUACAACUAAUCAGGAUGGUUCUAAUAGCUUACAACAGAUUGGUCCAGAUGGUUCAGGUCAGAGCAGAACUAUAGGAAUGAGUCAAGGAGGUGAAGGAAUGAAUUCAGAGUUAAAGAAAACAGAGUUCUGGCGAGGCGAUGGAUAUGUUGACAGUCACAGGCCUGCCGAUGCUUGGCAAGCAGGUGCUAGUAGACAGCCAGAACAGAUGAGACUGGAGGAUUUGAUGGAACUGAAGAGGUCUGCAGAAUACUGGCCGGCAGGAAUCGUUCUCGAUGCUAGUCGGCAUAGCGAGUAUUUCCAUGGCGACAAUAUUCCAGAUCCACGGAAACAGAUUGAAUUUUGGCAGGGACAGACAGUACCUGAGCAGAAGCAGCAGAAUGAUCAAAUGCAGGGACAGCUUACCACAUUGCAAAAUCUCAAUUAUAGUAACCAGUCUCAUGGUAUCUAUCUCUUUAAUGAUCCUUCUGUACUCAUUGCUGUUGACAAUAUAGCCAGAUAUAUCCGGUAUGUAGUCCACACGACAGGCAGUGCUUUGAUGUUUCAGAGUUACACAUACACUGCAGAGAAGUGCAUUAUGAUCAUGGCAGUAGAACUUGAUCAUUUCUUUCUUGUGUGUAUAGCAUGGUUUUAUACAAUUUGUAAAUUGUCACCGAAGUUUUUAUCCAGCUUGUCCUGGCAUGAAGUAGACAAAGCCUUGGAAAUCAUCCGCAAUGAUACUGGCGUCACUGUGGACCAAAAGGAUGAAUUUGUCUCUGUUUUAGGCGACUGGGACUGUGUCAAGAAUGCUCAUUCCUAUUUAGAGGAAAUUUACAAGAAAGAAAAAAGUUUAAAACUUGGUGAAAACUGUCUCACUGACAACAAACACAGUCAAAAUCCAGACAUUGAAAGGGCAGUAGUCUUACCAGACGGUGCAGUUGAUGAAAUUGUUCAGAAUAAUGAUGAUGAAAUUUCUUCAACAAUUGAUUCAGAAUGUAAAGAAAACAGCAAUUCAUGUGAUUUAAGUGAUAUCAAACUAGUAAGUCAUUACUCGGAAUACACGAAUACAGAACAUGAUGCUAUUUCUGAAAAUAUUUCAGAAAGUACUGAUGAGGUUGUAUGUAGCGCUGAUCGGUGUUAUAAUAUUGAACAAGGUCAAGAGGAACAUAAAGAUUAUUUAAUAGAUGAUCAUCAUGAUACAGAUGUUGAUGAUCAAAAUUUAGAAGAGAGUCAUAACAAGCAAAUAUCAUCAGGUAAUGACAUUUUGCAUGAAAUCAAGAAAGAGAAUUUAUCAGAUGAAACUGCUUCUGUAAGCUUGGAUGAAUACCAUUACACCAAAAACUACAACAAAGCUUUUGAAAAGAGUUCUUUCAAUGGAAAUGGAAAGGAGCUAAAAUGUGACAUUAAAAUUGAGAAGGAAAUGCUAUCAGAUGAUGAAGCAUCUUUAUCUGCUGAAGAAAUUCUUGAGGACAUCACAAAAGGCAUACGAAGCAAACAAUUUACUUGUCAAUGGUGUUCCAAAAAGUUUAAAAAUAAUUCGUAUUUGCAACGCCACAUACGUUGUGUUCAUAGAAGUCAAGGCUAUUGUUGUAAAGUAUGCAAUAAGAAGUAUAAACAAAAUAGUUUUAGAGUUUACAAGAAACAUAUUCAGACAUGUAAGGAAAAUGAUACUAAAUGUAAAGAAUAUAAAUGUGAUAAAUGCACGUACACUGGAAAGAGUAAAGUACAGUUUACUGAGCAUGUAGCUCGUAUGCAUCAAAACAAGUUAGCAUGUGGUGUAUGCUUUAAACAGUUUGGCUUGCACAAAGAAUUGCAACGUCAUCAUCAUACUGUUCAUUCAAAUCAGUGCUAUUGCUGCAAUAUUUGUUUCAAAGUCUACAAACUUAAUAGUGUAAGAGCAUACAAGAAACAUCUUCUCACCCAUGGCGAAAAUCAUGCAAUUUUUUCUGAUUUGUCACAUGGAAUCAUUGAAGAAAAUGAAAAUUCUGAUAGUAAAACAAAGUUGAAGCCAGUGAACAUUGAUGAAGUCGGUCAAUGUCCAGAUGAUGUGGUGGACUUACAGAAACAAAUUCAAAAGCUAGAUGACUUAUCUUACAUGGAUGAAGACACAGAUAUUGAUGAGGAGUACUUGAACAACAUCAAUAUAAAGUCUGUUUAUAACAAUGGAUUUCAGAAAGUCAACAUCAACAUCCCAGAGAAAGAAGUUACAGCAUUAAAUUCAGAGCAACCAAAGUCUGGAUUUUAUUGCUUAUUUUGUGAUAAGUCAUACAAAUCUAGUAGAGAGUAUAGGAAACACAUGUCAGGUCAUCAGGAAGACUAUGUAGAACUGCAGUAUAAAUGUGAAACUUGCAAUAAAGCGUUUAGUACUGAGAAUGUAUUAAAAGCUCAUAUUGAAUUUCAACACAGUUCUUUGCAUUCCAAGAAUAAGUCUUUCAUUUGUCAAGUGUGUAACAAGGAGUUCAACAAGCGAUACAGAUACCUCUUGCAUAUUGAAAUGCAUCAAGGGAUCAAAAGAUAUGUCUGUGAUAUUUGUGGAAAAGCUUUCCAACACCAAAAAUCUUUCAAGGAACACAAGUAUGUGCAUGAAGAAGUGAAACAAUUUUCCUGCCAUGUCUGUGCAAAGACAUUCAGGCAGAAAUCAGGUCUGUUUGUACACCUGAAGACCCAUAGUGAAUUCAGAGAUUAUAUCUGUCACACAUGUGGGAAAGGCUUUACACAGCGAUCUUCACUAGUUCGUCAUGAGCGGGUCCACACUGGUGACAAACCUUUUCAGUGUGCCCUGUGUUCACGUAGUUUCAACGACUACUCCAUUAUUCGACGCCACAUGAUAAUGCUACAUAAAAGAGACAAGGAUCCACGUACUUGGCAAGCAGAUGUCAUAAGGUCAUUGAAAUCUUCACAAAAUAACUAAUACUAAACAUAGCUGUCGGUGUGUAUAAGAUUGCCAAGUGCCUAUUAAGACUUUCAAAUUUAGUGUCUCUUUUUAUUUAAUUUCACAUUGUUAGUGAUUUUGCCUUCCUGGCUGAUAAUUUUUGAGAAAGUAUGACCUCAAUACCAUACAUCAGAUUUAAAUCAUUUGUUAGUGAAAAACUGAUUCAGGAGAAAUAGCUUUUACCAAUCUUAAAGCUUUUAUUAUGUUCAUUGUGUUGAAAAUAUGAAAACUGUUACAGUUACUUUCUGUGACCAGAGAUUUUUUUAGCUGAAGAAGAAGGAGGGGUAUAUUGUUUUGCAGAUGUCUGUCGGUCGGUAUGUAGACCAAUCCGUUUCCGGAUGAUAACUCAAGAACGCUUGGGCCUAGGAUCAUGAAAGUUGAUAGGGAGGUUGGUCAUCACCAGCAGAUGACCCCUAUUGAUUUUGAGGUAAGUAGGUCAAAGAUCAAGGUCACAGUGACCCAGAACAGUUAAACGGUUUCCAGAUGAUAACUCAAGAAUGCUUGGUGCUAGGAUCGUGAAACUUGAUAGGGAGGUUGUUCAUAACCAGGUUUUUUUUUCGGCCGUUUUUAUAGCCGUUAUUGGGCUAUAUUCCCAAUGCCAAAAAGUAUGUUUUUUCCCCAAAAUGAGUGCAAAAGUUCCCAAUCUACAUUUUGAAAAAAAAAUCAUCAAAAUUGCAAAAACAUUGACCAAAUUAUGGACAAUUUUGUAAUGGCAGUAUGUUAAGGAGGUUGUACAAUGUGAAUCAAGUAUAUGAGAACGUACUUAAACACAUCCUUACUAUAUCCUAUGAGACUAAAUAUUUCCCAAUUUGAAACUUUUACGUGUUAAAAUUCCCAAUAUUGGGGGUAUAGGCUAUGUUCCCAAAUCAGAAAGAAAAAACCCUGAUAACCAGCAGAUGACCCCUAUUGAUUUUGAGAUCAGUAGGUCAAAGGUUAAAGUCACAGUGACUCAGUUUCCGGACGAUAACUCAAGAACGCUUGGGCCUAGGAUCAGGGAAAUUGAUAGGAAGUUGGUUAUGACCAGCAGAUGACCCCUAUUGGUUUUGAGGUCAUUAAGUCAAAGUUCAAGGUCACAUUAGCCAGGAACAGUUAAAUGGUUUCCGGACGAUAACUCAAGAACGCUUGGGUCAAGGAUCAUGAAAGUUGAUAGAAAGGUUAAUUAUGACCAGCAGAUGACCUCUAUUGAUUUUGAGGUCAGUAGGUCAAAGGUCACGGUUCCAGUGACCCGGAACAGUUAAACUGUUUCAAGACGUUAACUUGAGAAUGCUUGGGCCUAGGACCACGAAACUUGAUAGGGAGAUUGGUCAUGACCAGUAGAUGACCCCUAUAGAUUUUGAAGUCAGUAGGCCAAAGGUCAAGGUCACAUUGACCUGGAACAGUUAAACACUUUCCCGAUGAUAACUUGAAUGCUUUGGCCUAGGAUCACGAAACUUAAUAGGGAGGUCGAUCAUGACCAGAAGAUGACACCUGAUGAUUUUGAGGUCAAUAGGUCAAAUGUUAAGGUAACAUUAAACCAGAACAGUAGAACUACUGUUUACAGUGAACAAAUAAUUUCUGUUCCUUGUGCAAUUACUGAAUGCAUCAAGGGGGGCAUUUCGUGUUCUAUGAGCUCUUGUUAUCAAUUGCAGUAAAUCAAAGCUUUUACAAAUGUAAAUCUAUCAACUAAUUUCAAAACAAAGGGAAAAAUACCUGGGUAUCACUAAUGGAAUGUACAAAAAGCAACUGAACCUAAAUGAAUUAUAUAACGACUUUUAAUUUUUAUCAGCCAUGUAAAUAAUGUAGGUAAUAUCUGAUAUUCUUACUACUGGUUUAGAUACACUUUCAUAUGACACUACAUUGUAUGUUUAUUCUUUGUGUGAAAAAAGAAAAACUCAUAGCAAUGAAAGAGUGAUAAAAAAUUGUAUUAAAAUUAUUGUUGAUAUCAUGUUGGUGUUGAUCUUUUUAUAUAUGGAUAGUAGUUUUGAACAGAAAAUAAAAGUUGAAUUUUUU